UUUCCUGCCUCUCUGGGCCGGGCUGGAUGAGCUGAGCUCCCUGCCGAGGACGGUCAGACCCCUACCUCCAUCUGCGUUCUGUCCCCAGGCCAGGACCGCUGCCGGCUGCUGUUCAAAAGAGCCCAGUGUCUCUUUCCCACCAUCCAGUCAGCUAGAGACCCCUGCCCUGCUGUGAGUCUCGAGCUCACUUCUCCUGACUUCUCAGCCGCCACCUCAGAAGGCUGGAGCAGGGACGUGGUCGCUCCGGCCGCCUGCUCCCUUCGGGUCCCCGUGCGAACCCACGCCGGCCCCGGCGCCCACCCGCAGCCCUGCCUCUGGACACCGGAUAAGGCCCAGCGCAGAGACUCCCAGGUGGACAGCAUGGACCGUGGCAUGCUCCCUCUGGCCAUUACCCUGCUGCUGGCCAUCUACAGCUUCGUGCCCACAAGUCUUGCAGAAAGGGUCUAUUGUAAUCUACAGCCUGUGGACCCCGCAAGGGGUGAGGUGACAUACAUCACCAGCCAGGUCUCUGAGGGCUGCACAGCUCGGGUUGCCAAUGCCACACAUGAAGUCCACGUUCUCUUCCUGACUUUUCCCAGGGUGUCACAGCUGGAGCUGACUCUUCAGGCAUCCAAACAAAAUGGCACUGGGACCCGAGAGGUGUUCCUGGUCCUUGUUUCUAACGAAACUGUCUUGGUGAAGCUCCAGGCCCCGGAAAUCCCAUUGCACCUGGCCUACGACCCCAACAAGACCAUCUUUCCAGAUGAGCCAAAAGUCAGCAUCACACCAUUGCCGUUCCUUACCCCCAGGAAGCAGAUCCUUGACUGGGCAGCCAAAAGGAGCGCCAUCACCUCGGUGGCCGCACUGGAUAACCCCCAAAGCAUUGUCCUCCGGCUGGGCCAAGCCUCAAGCGCACCACCCUACUGCUUGACAGAAGCUCAUCAUGACAUGGGCCUCACACUCGAAUGGCAACCUCAGGGCUCCCAAGUCCAAGGCUGCAGCUUGGGAGGUGAGAGCAGUCACCGCCACAAGGAGGCGUAUAUCCUGAGGAUCCUGCCAGGUUCCGUGGCCAGGCCCCAGACAGUGACCGUGAAUGUGGAGCUGAGUUGUGCAUCUGGGGAUCCCGACGCCAUUCUCAUCCUGCAGGGUCCUCCGUAUGUGUCCUGGUUCAUCAAUGCCAACCACAACAUGCAGUUCUGGACCACGGGUGAAUACUCCAUCAAGAUCUUUCCAGAAAAGAACAUCAAAGGCUUCGUGCUCCCAGACACACCCCAAGGCCUGAUAGGGGAAGCCCACAAGCUCAACGCCAGCAUCAUAGCCUCCUUUGCAGAGCUCUCCUUGGCCAGUGAAGUCUCCCUGAGGGCCUCCAGCUGUGGUAGUGUGCCACAGACCACACCUGCACCAGUUCUGACCACACCUCCCAAGGACAGUUGCAACCCUGGGCUACUCAUGUCCCUGAUCCAACCAAAGUGUGGCAAUGACGUCAUGACUCUGACACUCAGUAAAAAACAUGUGCAGACUCUACAGUGCACCAUCACGGCCCUGACUUUCUGGGACCCCCGCUGCCAGGCCGAGGACAGUGAUGACCACCUCGUCUUGAGCAGCACCUACUCCAGCUGUGGCAUGAAAGUGACAGCGCAUGUGGUCAGCAAUGAGGUGAUAGUCAGUUUCCCGUCAGGCUCGCCACCACUUCGGAAAAAGGUGCAGUGCGUCGACAUGGUCAGCUUCUCCUUCCAGCUGGGCCUCUACCUCAGCCCGCACUUCCUCCAGGAAUCCAGCACCAUCGAGCUGGGCCAGCAAGGCUUCGUUCAGGUGAGCAUGUCCCCAUCGACCUCUGAGGUCACGGUCCAGCUAGAUAGCUGCCAUCUGGAUUUGGGGCCUGAAGGGGACAUGGUGGAACUCAUCCAGAGCCGAGCAGCCAAGGGCAGCUGUGUGAGCUUGCUGUCUCCGAGCCCUGACGGUGACCCACGCUUCAGCUUCCUCCUCCGUGUCUACAUGGUGCCCACACCCACAGCAGGCACCCUCAGCUGCAAUGUAGCCCUGCAGCCCAGCACCUCGUCCCAGGAAGUCUACAAGACCGUCUCCAUGCGCCUGAACAUCGUUAGCCCUGACCUGUCUGGCAAAGGCCUCAUCCUGCCCUAUGUACUGGGCAUCACCUUUGGUGCCUUCCUCAUUGGGGCCCUGCUCACAGCGGCACUCUGGUACAUCUAUUCGCACACACGUGCCCCCAGCAAGCGGGAGCCCGUGGUGGCGGUGGCUGCCCCGGCCUCCGAGAGCAGCAGUACCAACCACAGCAUCGGGAGCACCCAGAGCACCCCCUGCUCCACCAGCAGCAUGGCCUAGUGCCCAGCCUGGAGCCCCGGGGCCCCCCCAGCCAGCCCUGGCCCCACAGCAGAGACCAAGCGGCCAUAAGCUGGGAACCACCGGCCAUGAACCAGUGCCCGGAGCCCAACACCUCCCCUCAGCAGAGGAUGGAGCAUGUCCCCUGCACCCACCCCUCACACCUCCCUCGCAGAGGCUUGUUGCCAGUGGAGACUCCAGCCUGGAACACCCCGGGGUCUCCUCACCCCACUUCGCAGAACUGUCCAAACCGGGGGCUCUGGGAUAUGGCUGCCCGGAACUACAGGGAGACGCAGCAUUGCCCUGUACAUCCACACCGCUGUAGAGACUGAAGUAGCUGCCCUCCAGCUGGAUCCUGUGCUGGUGAACUGGGCAGGGUGGGCAGUAACAACUCCGGACAUGCCAGCCCAGAGCCGCCUGCAUCUGGCCCCAGUGGCCCUCCUCACCUGAACUGGCACAACUGUGGUGGGGUUAACAGAAGCUGAGGGGUGCUCAGCUCAGGGAGGGGCAUCUCAGAAGAUGGCAAGAACAGAAGGGUGGGGGAACCCAGCCCCUCCCAGAAGUGCCCCAGAGACCUCCUCCCAUCCACUGGGCGGGAAGCAGGAGUGGUCAGGCUGCCAGUCCUGGGCCAAGCCCUGUAAAUUUGCCAAUAAAUUAGACAUGGAACCAGUGCCCUUUUGGGUUGUACUGGGAAAAGGGGAAGGGCCCUUAUGACACAGAACAGGACGGCACACCCCUUGGGCUGGCCUGGUAGCAGAUGGCCAGAGCACAUGUUCAGAGGAAGCCAGUCCCCUCUGCUGCUCACUCAUUGGUGGCCCAACCCUAAGCCCUGUCUGCAGUCUCUGGGGUUUGGGACACAGCUCCCCCACCCCAAAGCUCUGAGUUCUAAUCCUGAACAUGUCUCUUCUCCCAAUGGGCCUGUGAACAGCUCCAUGGCUCCUGGAAGCCAGCCACUCUCCCUCAUCUGUAAGAUGGGCAUACAGACUGAACACAGGGUGGGCGAGGAGGUUUCAAAGCAGUCUUGGUGUGUGGCAGACGACAUCGGUCCAGUCUUUUUGUGACACAGGCCACCUUAUGCUCUGAGGAGAGCAUGCUAGAAGAUGCUCCUAGGCCAUACUCCAGGGCUGUCUUUACCUCUCCAGUUCCUAUACUCCAAUAGCUCCAACCCCAAAACCCCCAAAAGUCUGAUGAGGGAGCUGGGAGGUAGAGGUUAAGAGUCAAUCAAAAGUUUGUCAUUUAUUUACAAAAAAUAAAAAAAUGAAAGGGUUUAAAA